UCAUCACUCCAUCCUUCUCCUGCGCAGCGGCCAGGUUGAGACGCUCAAGACAUCUUUGCUGGGUGGUGUUGUAUCCAUCCUGCUUCUGGUUACGGGAAUGAGCUAUGUGUUGGGUGGCUACUACCACAUGCGUGACGCUAAUGGUGACGGCAUGGAGCAAUAUCCUACUGAUCCCGACGGCGUCGUCCAUCCUGUCGAAUGCGUCUGCCGGAACCAUCGCGAUGCAAUCGCGCGGUUCCUCCAUCAUGCUCAUUUUGCUCUACUGUGGCUGGCUGGUCUUUCAGCUCAAGACACACAAGAAGCUCUUCGAACCGGAGGGGGUUCAAUACGCGCACCAGCGGGAUCAGGAGCAGCGACCGAAGAAGGGUGCGUUAUGGCUGCUUGUUGUGAGCUUUGCCGUCACGUCAGCGAUUAUCGGCGUCCACACAACCUUUGCCGUGGACAACAUUGAUGCUGUCAUCGAGAGUACAUCCAUCCCGAAAUCCUUCAUUGGGUUCGUCAUGUUGCCGAUCCUGAAUAACGACCUGACGGCGAUAUCUUAUGCCAUUCUAAACAACAUGGAUUUUGCCGUUCAUUCUUCUAUCGGGAGGAGCUUGCAGAUUACACUGCUGUUCACAGAGGGACUGGUUUUGAUCGCAUGGCCGCUUGGAAUCGUCGACAUGAACCUAUUGUUCGACACAUAUCAGGUGUUUGUGCUGUUCCUGUCCACCUUGACCGUAAGCUACAUGGCCGGAACUGGUGGAAGGACAAACUGGUAUAAGGGCGCCGUACUCGUGACAACGUAUGUCAUUGUUGCGCUUGGAUCCUGGACGCCAGAAAUUGCAUAGCCAUGAGCGAUACGAACUACACGCAUUCAAAAGCCACGUUAUAUAGCUACAUACUCGUCACGCCGCGGUAAGAACGCAAUGUCAAUCAGAAUUCCUAAUGUGUGAGUUCCAGGUCUCGGCCAAACCAAGAGUAGGACUUCAGAGAGGGACCUGAGGUGCAAAUUGCUAGGUCGUACUUUACAUCUUACACCAGGUUCUUGGGUAAAUGUGUAGGGCAGAACAGGGCUACAGGCUAUCUUAUGCUGGCACAAAAUCUUGAACGGUAAAUGAGACACAUACCAGCUUCAUAGCUUAGUGGUUAGACACCUAUAGCACUGUAUUGGCAUUUGAAGCUACUACCACUACUACUCCAAGUAU